UAUGGAUAUGGAAAUUAUAUCGAUCAAUGUUGGAGGUUCAAGACAUGACACACUAGCUGAUACACUUUUAAAUAAACCGGGUACAACUUUAUGUCAAUUGGCUAGGAAACAUUUAAAUGGAACGUGUAGGAAGAAAGAAUAUUUUUUUGAUCGUCACCCUGGUGUCUUUAGUACUGUAAUGGAUUAUUACAGAAGUGGUGAACUUCAUGUUCCUUUGGAUGUCUGUGGAGCCGUAGUAAAAAGAGAAUUAAAUUAUUGGCAAGUAGACGAACGUCUCAUUGAACCGUGUUGUUGGAUUAGCUAUAGCUCAUACAUUGACAAUCAGAAGACACUGUCUGAUUUCACACAAAGCGUUGCAAAAGAACAAGCAGAAUUAGACACUUUUAAUCGAUUGGCUGGAUGGAGAAGGACUCAGGCUCGAAUUUGGAUGCUAUUAGAUCAUCCAAGAUCUAGCCGAUGGGCACUUAUUUAUGCCGUAACGUCUUUUAUAUUUGUACUCACAUCUAUUAUGGGUUUUUGUUUGGAAACGUUACCGGAAAUGAGACAAGUUAGAAAUGACUCAAAAUCACAUUGUAACCGAACGUCUGAUAUAGGAGUAGCAGUUUAUACCACCCAUCCUCUCCUUGAAUAUGUAGAUUAUGUCUGUACGGCUUUCUUUACACUGGAACUAAUAAUUCGAGUUGUUUUCGCUCCUAAUAAGUUGGAAUUUUUUAAAUCUCCUAUGAAUAUUAUCGAUAUUCUAGCUCUACUGCCGCUUUACGCUCAAAUUGUCUUAGAUUGGCUCGAUCAUUAUAAAUGUUUUAAGAAUGAUCGUGCCGUUAUCGAAACAAUCUUCAUCUUGCGAAUUGUUAGAAUCUUCCGAAUUUUUCAUUUGGUUAAGCAUUAUAAGGCACUUAAAAUUUUAGUUCACGCUAUACGAGCUUCCAUCCAGGAGUUGCUUAUGCUCUUAAUAUUCAUAUUUAUAGCCAUGUUAGUGUUCUCUACUCUUAUCUUUUACGCCGAAAGGCCCAGUCAAUCAAAAGAAGAUCUUUUGCACUUUGAAGGUGAAACGAAAUUCAGAACUAUACCUUUGGGUUUUUGGUGGUCGAUUAUUACUAUGACAACUGUUGGAUAUGGGGAUAUGUUUCCAAAAACUGGAUUUGGAUGUGUUGUCGGUUCAAUGUGCGCCUUUAGCGGAGUUCUUCUCUUGGCCUUAACAGUUCCUGUAAUAUCUAAUAACUUUGCACUUUUCUAUACUCAUGCGAGAUCUCGAGAGCAAAUUAUAGCUAAGCAAGAAGGUUUCGACGAAGCCGCCGAUGAUGCAUCACGCAAAUCAGUUAGUAUUGCAAGAUCUAAGGAUACUGGCUCAGAAGCAGGUGAUGCAACAGUGGCGCUCCUGCAGAAAACAAACGACACAAGCGUCUAA